GCCACCGGCAGAGGUUUCACGUGGACUCGGGUUUAGAAACUUUCAGGUUGGGCCAUGGAUACGCCGCUUAGGCGCAGCCGGAGGCUGGAGGGCCUAAAGCCCGAAGCCCCCGGGAGUCUCGCCUCAGUUUCGCGGGCGAGACGCGCCCUUGUGGAGGUCGAGUCGAACCCGGAAGAAACGAGGGAGCCCGGGUCUACUCUGAAUGUGCAGCCACUCGGCCUGGAGUCUCCCCGACGUCAGCGGGAGACAAGCCCGGGAUCACCCAGCCUGCCGCGGUGUGCAGACUUGGAGUCCCCGCGAAGACAGCCAGAAUUGGGCCCAGAGUCCCCCCAGCAUCGACAAGAGCCAGGCCUGGGGUCCCCCCGAAGGCAGCCGGAGCCGGGCCCAGAGUCCCCCCACCAUCGGCAAGAGCCAGGCCUGGGGUCUCCCCGAAGGCAGCCGGAUCCGGUCCCAGAGUCUCCCCAGCAACGGCAAGAGCCAGGCCUGGGGUCCCCCCGAAGACAGUCGGAGCCGGGCCCAGAGCCCCCCCAAACACAGCCGGAGCUGUGCCCAGAGUCCCCCCAGCAUCAGCAAAAGCCAGGCCUGGAGUCACCUCCAAGACAGCCAGACUCGAUUCCUGAAUUCCAUCAACCUCAGCCUAAGCCAAGUGAGGAAUCACCGAAUUUCCCCCAGGACCGAGGAGAACUGGACUCAGAGGUGGCCCAGUGUAAGGAGGAGCUGGCCCCGGGAUCCCCCCCACAUCAGCUGCAGCCAGGCGCAGGGUCACCAGAGCCUUACCCGGGUCAGCAAGCCCCGGGUCCGGAGCCCUCGCAACCACUACAGGAGCUGACGCCCAGGGCACCUGACUCCCCUGGGAACAAGGAGCCAAGCAAGCCACUUUCAUCUAGAGAGAAGGUGACAGGCGGCCUCAGCCCAAAGAAGCGAAAUGGAUCUUCAAUGCAGGCCCCAGCGUCCAAGAAGCUGAAGAAGGAGCAGGAGGAGCUUCCUGUAAUCCCUAAGGGGAAGCCCAAAUCCGGGAGAGUAUGGAAGGACCGCUCCAAGAAGAGGUUCUCCCAGAUGGUUCAGGACAAGCCCCUGCGCACAUCCUGGCAGCGGAAGAUGAAGGAGCGACAGGAGAGGAAACUGACCAAGGACUUUGCCCGGCACCUGCAGGAGGAGAAGGAGAAGCGCCGCCAGGAGAAGAAACAGCGCCGGGCUGAGAACCUGAGGCGACGCCUGGAAAACGAGCGGAAGGCUGAGGUGGUCCAAGUGAUCCGAAACCCGGCCAAACUCAAGCGGGCAAAGAAGAAGCAGCUGCGCUCCAUUCAGAAGCGGGACACGCUAGCCCUGCUGCAGAAACAGCCACCCCAGCGGCCAGCAGCCAAGGUCUGAACUCAGGACAGCCAAGGCCCUCCAGGACCAACAACCACAUCAGACAUGGCCAUCUGGCCUCUCAGGUCACCAGUCAGACAUCUCUGCUGGAGCCAGCACUCCAACUCUGUGGCCUCAAGACAGGGAUUCCACCCUGGACAGGACUCUUGGGCUUUUGAGGGAUCUUGGGCAUGUCUCUGGGGGCAGAGCCUAGGGGAGGGAAGAGGUUCCAGUCCUCUCUCCUUCCCCAUCCUCCAAAAACCUUCAGACUAAGAACAGUAAAGUCUGGUUUCUCAUUGA